GGGCGCCGCUCGAGCGGGCGGAGAGAACUAGAGGAAAAAGUCUCGAGUCGCCGCCAACCUCGCUCCUUUAUUGCCUCCCUUCCCCCCUCGUCUGCCGGCAGAUUGGGGUCUCUUGAGACAGAUAGAAAAGAGAAUAGGAGAAAGAGGGCAAUCUCGUCGAUGGCCUUAUCGUCUCUUCUCAGAUCGGCGACUCCGGCGCUUCAUGGAUCCCACGAUCGCUUACCCUCUCUCUCGGGAGCUCCUGGAAAACCUUCUUUCAAGGUAUCUUAUAUACAGAGUUCUAAAUCGACAAACAACAGUUUAAGUAUUAUUGGAUCUUCACUUCCUUCAGGGAAGGUGUGCUCCUUAAAGAGAUCUGAUGCAAGAAGAAAUCAGCCUAUCAGGGCCACUGCCACUGAGGCCCCUCCUUAUGUUAAAAGUUCUUCGGGCGGUUGCAAGACAAAAGUUGGCAUCAAUGGCUUUGGACGAAUUGGAAGACUUGUAUUGCGUAUUGCCACUACUAGAGAUGAUAUUGAAGUAGUAGCUGUAAAUGAUCCAUUCAUUGAUGCUAAGUAUAUGGCAUAUAUGUUUAAGUAUGACUCAACACAUGGCAUAUUCAAGGGAACAAUUAAGGUUGUGGAUGCAUCCACCUUAGAAAUCAAUGGGAAAACAAUUGUGGUUACAAACAAUAGAGACCCUGCUGAUAUUCCAUGGGGUGAUUUUGGUGUCCAAUUUGUUGUCGAAGCUUCUGGUGUGUUUACAACAACAGAUAAGGCAUCGGCUCACCUGAAGGCUGGUGCUAAUAAAGUAGUUAUAUCAGCUCCAUCUGCUGAUGCUCCUAUGUUUGUUGUUGGAGUAAACGAGAAGAAUUACAUGCCAAACAUGGAUAUUGUUUCUAAUGCAAGCUGCACAACAAAUUGUCUUGCUCCUCUUGCAAAGGUGGUGCAUGAGGAGUUUGGCAUUGUGGAAGGUCUUAUGACAACUGUUCAUGCAACCACAGCAACACAGAAGACCGUUGACGGCCCUUCAAAAAAAGACUGGCGAGGGGGGCGUGGUGCUGGUCAAAACAUUAUCCCUAGCUCAACUGGUGCAGCAAAGGCUGUUGGAAAAGUGCUUCCAGAGUUAAAUGGGAGGUUGACUGGAAUGGCCUUUAGAGUGCCUACACCAAAUGUUUCUGUUGUGGAUUUAACUUGCCGGCUUGAGAAAAGCGCUUCAUAUGAUGAUGUGAAGGCAGCAAUUAAGUAUGCAUCAGAAGGUUCGCUUAAAGGCAUACUUGGAUACACAGAUGAGGAUGUGGUUUCUAAUGAUUUUGUGGGCGAUUCAAGGUCAAGUAUUUUUGAUGCCAAGGCUGGCAUUGGACUGAGUGAGUCUUUUAUGAAACUUGUCUCAUGGUAUGACAACGAAUGGGGCUACAGCAACCGAGUGCUGGACCUCAUUGAGCAUAUGGUCUUGGUGAAUGCAAAAGCAAAUUACUAAAAUGUGCUCUCCAACUGAAAGGGGCAUAGAGAUGCUGCUUCUAUCUGACCAGUUGGAGUCUUUCAGAUCGUAUUUGUUCUAAGCUGCGACUUUAAUUGGUUGCCGUGUUGUUUUUUUUCUGUAGCUUGAAAUAAAAGUUACAUAGGAUGAAUUCAUUUUUAAAGAUAUGUGCGAACUAAGCACCUUAUUCAUUUGCGUUGAUGCUAAAUGCUCAAGCAAAUUCUUUCUGAUUCUACUUAAAAAGUAUUCUUGUAAUGUCAGUUUUCUAUGUUUAAAAUAACUUUUGAUAUAGUUAGACUUUGA